UCUGAAUAAAAUUAUACUUGUUUUUGAUUGGUUAAUUUAAAAAAGGGCGAAAAUUCAAAAUAGCUGUUCAUUACCAUUACCAAUUAUAUCCACUGAAAUAUAAAUAUUAACUAAUACUGAAUGAGGCUGAGAGUUGAUUGGAUCUUUUUUUUCUAAAAAAAAAUUUUGUUUUGAAUACAAAACAUGUUGACUAAUUACUAAAAGUGGUUAUGUAUUUAAUGAUUGUAUAAAAUAAACAAUUUUAUUGAUUCUAUUUAAAAUUCGUUACAAUAUGGAUCAUAGGAAUUCUGAUAAAUAACGUCGUACUCAUUUUGUUUGUAUUAUUAUAAGAAAAUAAAGACGUUUACAUGGUAACGAUUGUCAUUUUAUUUUGAUAAACAUGAAAUAUAAAGUCAUGUUGAUUACUUUCAUGAUUGUAUUAUGGUUUCAUUUGGUUACUAUUAUAAAUUGUUUUCAACGUAAAUAUGAUAAACAUACAGUUGCAAGUAUACCAGGUGAUAUAAUGCUUGGUGGAUUGUUUCCUGUACAUACAUCUGGUGUAACUACUUGUGAAUCAAUUAAUCCUGAAAGAGGAAUUCAGCGAGUUGAAGCAAUGUUAUUUACAUUAGAUGAAAUUAAUAAUAAUACAAAUUUACUACCAGGUUUAACUUUGGGUACUACAAUACGUGACACAUGUUCAGAUACAAAUCAUGCACUUGAACAAGCAUUGAAAUUUGUACAAGCAAGUACUGGAAGUAGUAGUCAGUUGAAUAAAAUGAAUGAACAAUCAGAAAAUUUAAACACACGUGGAGUUGUCGGUAGUUCAUAUAGUUCAGUAACAAUACUUGUAGCAAAUUUAUUUCGUCUAUUCUCUUUACCACAAAUAUCUUAUGCAUCAACAACUGCAGUAUUAAGCGAUAAACGUGCAUUCCCAUUAUUUGCAAGAACUGUACCUUCGGAUGUUGUGCAAGCUCAGGCAAUGGCUACAUUAGUCUCGGCUCAUAACUGGACUUAUGUUUCUACAGUACGUAGUGCAGGUGAUUAUGGUGAUUCCGGUAUGGAUGCAUUUUGGAAAGAAGCUGAUAAACUUGGUGUAUGCAUAGCAGCCAGAGAAGUGAUUAGGGGAAAUACAGGUCCUGAAGAUUUAGAUAAUAUAGUUAAUGUGCUUAGCAAAGACUUUGCAAAAGCUAGAGUCGUUGUUUUAUUUACCGGCAUGGAUCACACAAAGUUAUUAUUAGAUGCAGUUAGAAGAGCUGGUUUAGUUAAUCAUUUCGUUUGGAUAGCUAGUGACGGAUGGGGUAGAGAAAAUGUACCUGUAUCAAAUAACUCAAGAGAAGCCAAUGGUGCGUUAACCAUAGAAAUUCAAGCCGAACCGAUUAAGGCAUUCACAGAUUAUUACCUUUCUUUAGGUAGAGAAAAUCAUAGGAAUCCUUGGUUCAGAGAGUAUUGGCAAGAUUUAAUACAAUGCAGAGAAAGUUCAACUAAGAGGCGAGAAAGAAAAUCGACUAAUUCUAAGCGUUAUUUCAUGAGUAAGCUAUCAAAAAAUGAGACAAAUUUAGAAAAUUCUCAUGAAAUAUCAGGUGAAACAUCAUCAUUACCGUCAUCAUGUAGUGACAGUCCAGAUUUAAGACUACGUGACAUUCUUGGACCAGAUUUCAAACAAGAAGCAAAAAUACAAUUUGUCUACGACGCAGUUUAUGCAUUUGCUUCUGGAUUACAUAUACUUCAGAAAAAACUAUGUCCUGGUAAUCCUCUCCAUCCAAAAUGGAAUAAAAGAGAUUGUCUAGAAAAAAUGCUCAGCUAUCCUGGAACUGCUUUCUACCAACUAAUAAUUAAUACAUCAUUUACUGAUAAUUAUGGCAACUAUGUUGCAUUCGAUGAAAACGGUGAUGGCUAUGGACAAUAUUCAAUAUAUAAUUAUGCGCGCGAUCCAUACACUGGUCAGUAUCAUUAUCGUUUGGUCGGUGAUUUUCAAGGUGGCAAACUUACAAUGCGUGCACGACCUAUAUGGCCGGGUGGGGAAUCAAAAAAUUUUCCAGUUAGCCAAUGUUCAGAAGAAUGUGGAUUUGGUGAAGUUCGACGUUUAGACAAGAAACAACAAUGUUGUUGGUCAUGCGAAACAUGCGGUGUAGACCAACGUGUAGUUAAUUUAACUCACUGUGAAACUUGUCCUUUUCAACACUGGCCUUCAAAGGAUAAAAGAACAUGCGAACUUUUAGAGUUACACUACAUAGAUAUUUCGACUUGGUUUGCGAUCGUCCCAAUAACUUUCAGUAGUCUUGGAAUACUAAUUACUGGUGGAGUUAUACUUACAUGGGUUUUCUACUCUGAUACACCCUUGAUUCGUGCUACAGGACGUGAACUGGCUUAUGUACAGUUAGCUGGAUGUUUAGUUUGCUAUUCAUGUGCAUUUAUUCUGAUUGCAAGACCGUCAGUUUUCACAUGUUCACUGCAGCGAAUCCUAAUUGGUCUUGGUUUUGCAAUGAUGUAUGCUUCAUUAUUAACAAAAACCAAUCGUAUAGCAAGAAUAUUUGAUGCAGCAAAACGUACUACUAAACGUCCUGUAUAUAUUUCACCAAGAUCACAACUUGCUAUUUCGGGAUCAUUAAUUGCACUACAAUUAUCACUAUCAGCUAUAUGGUUUGGCUUUGAUUCGCCCGAUACACGAAUUGAUGAAAUUAGACCUGGUUAUCUUGUUUUACGAUGUGCAAUGAAAGAUAAAAGUUUUUUAAUCUCCCUGGCUUACAAUAUGAUUUUAAUUAUUGUUUGUACAGCAUAUGCUGUAAAAACACGACAGAUUCCAGAAAAUUUUAAUGAAUCAAAAUUUAUUGGUUUCACUAUGUAUACAACAUGUAUUAUAUGGUUGGCAUUUUUACCAAUGUAUUACGCUACAAUUAGCAAUCAUCAAAUUCAAAUAGCAACUCUAUGUAUAUCUAUCAAUUUGAGUGCAAGUGUUAUGCUGUGUUGUUUAUUCUUUCCUAAAUUAUAUAUUAUAUACUUACGUCCAGAAAAAAAUGUACGACGUUUAACAAUGAAUAAUAUGACAGCUAAACAAAAAUUUGCUAAUUUAGUCAAAGAAAAAUCAUCAAUAAAUGUGUGUGUAUCAAGUUAUGCAUCAGAUAAUACAAGUUUAACUGUAAGUAGUAGCACAAAAACUGGUCUACAAACAGAUUCAGACAAAGGAAUACUAACUAGUCCAGGUAAUCCAACACAAUCUACGGUGACGAGUUCCAAUUGUUUAAAACUAGAUAAUCAAUUUUUUAAUGAACCAUCUCGUAGUAAUUCAUCAAUUACUCAAUCAGUUCAAGUCAUAUGUAAUCCUAUAGUCAGUGAUUACAUUGCCUCAGUGACGACAACAACAACGACACCGUCAAUAAUGAAAACAUCAAUAACAUUAGCGGAUGACAAACAAUCCUCAACUUAUGUUAAUGCUUUAUUUAUCAAUUAUCUUAAUCAAAAACAAAAUGAUUAUUUAUCUAAUAAAUCUUGUAAUAAUUUCCCUACACCUACACCAUUAUUAUUAGACAAUAUACCAAAUCGUUUAUCACUUAUUAAUUCAGUUUAUUGUGAUGAAGAUAAUGUGACCACUGAAGAUGAAGAUAAUUAUACAAUAAGUGCAAAAACAUCAUUUUCUACAAUUAAUUCUAAUAAAAAUAAAAUGUCUACUAUAAAAAUGAAUAAUUUUAUUACUGAUCAUUAUAAUUCUACUACUAUUCAUUCUAAUGCAAUGAAAAUCAAUAAAACGGAACAAUAUUCUCAAGGUCAAAAUUCAGAAUUCAAUCAAUUAUCAAAUGAAUAUAAUCAUAAUCAAUUCAAUAAAAUAUCAAUAUUAAAUAAUAAUAAUAAUAUAUCUAAAUAUAUUCCAUCACAAUUUACUAAUCGUAAUCUAACAUCAUUUUCACCAACUAUAUCACUUGGUUCAAUUGAAUCACCUAAUUUAAGUGUACCAAGUUCUGAUUUAUAUAAUCAUAGUUAUUGUGAUGAUACAAUAAUACAAAAUAGUGAAAAUAAUGAUAGUUCAUAUCGUGAUAAUGAAUCAUUAUUUGUACGUAUUAAUAAACAAAAGAAAACAAAUUCACGUAAUAUUGAUUAUACAAAACAAACAGUUACUGCAUUAUAAUAAUUUAUAUGGCUUUUUUUAUUAUAUUCAAUAUUAUAUUAUUAUUUUGUAUGAAUUAGUUGCUUCUGUAAUACUUUUCUUUUCUUUUUAUUAUCUUUCUUGUAAGUAAAUUUAUCCGUCAAUGUAUAUUUAGUUUAUUCUUUUCCUUUUUUCUUUCUUUUCUUUUUUCUUUCAAGAUAUUUACUUUCUAAUUGAGAUUGAAUGACGUAGUGUGUUUUUUUUUAAAAAGAAAAAAAACUUUAUUGAUUAUAUAAAUAGAUGUACAAAUCAAUAUAAAGUGUAUAAAUGGUUUAUUAUUUAACAUGAAAUUGAGAACUAUCAAUUUGUUUAUUAUUAUUAAAUCUGAAUGAUAUGAUGGUUAAAUUGUAUUAUGUAAUUCGAUUAGAAAGACAACAACAACAACAAAAAAGAGAGAAAGAAAUGAUGUAAUAUACUGACAAAGUCACUUUAUUGAUGUAAAUGUAAAGAAAACAAUCAUGUAAAUAUGUUACAACAACAAAUAACUAUAUUAUUGAUUGUUUAAAUUGUUCAUAGUUUAUUAUGAUGAUGAUUAGAAUACUAAGUUUUAUUAAGGUAAACAUAUUUCUGAUAUUUCUCUUUGAUAAAUAAAUUGAGUAACUAUAGAAUGUAUUUAAAAUUAACUCUUCAUUGUCUAACGCUGUCCCUGUUAGAAGUGGUGUAAUACAAGGUAGUGUCUUAGGUCCUUUGCUCUUUUUAGUGUAUAUAAAUGAUAUUUGUGAAAGCUUUUGUGUCGAUAAGCCCCUUCUAUAUGCAGAUGAUCUUAAAGUAGUAUAUUCAUUUUCUCCACAUGAGCUGAACAGUAUGCAAAAUUGCAUCAGCAUGGAGCUUAACAAGGUAGCACAGUGGUGCUUAAAAUGGCAACUGGAGCUUAAUACGGCUAAAUGUGGAUAGAUAUGCUUCGGCGAUACAUCACUCAACCUAGACAUCACCAUAAAUGGAGAAGUGUUAUCUAGGUUACAUACAGUAGUAGACUUAGGACUUGGAUAUUCCCAAGACUUGUCGUUUACAGAACAUAUAUUAAAACAGACCUCUAAGUCUCAACGUCUAAUAGGUUACAUAACUCGAAAUCUUUACAACAAUGAGUCACAUAUUCUAAUGUACAAAGUUUGUGCUCGACCUCUUCUAGAAUAUUGCACGUUUAUUCUUAGCAGUGCGCUCAUAAAGGAUAAAUUAAGGCUGGAAUCAGUACAGAGACGAUUUACACUUCGUAUUCUUGGGGCUGAUUGUACCUUAACUUAUAAUUGUAGAUGUAAUGAACUUGGGCUAGACCCUUUAUGGAGGAGGAGACUCAAACUAAAUCCUAUCUUUUUCUUCAAACUACUUAAUAAACUAUCGUUUACAUCCAAUCACGCGAUUCAAUAUGCAGAAACUUCUCAUUAUGACAUCCGUAAUUCCUUGGCACUAGUGAAACAAACUCGUUCUAAAUCAUCUCUUUAUAUGAAUUAAUUCACCUGUAAAUUUUCUAGACUCUGGAAUAACCUACCACAGUUUAUCCGUACGACAAAAUCACUCCCAUUAUUCGUUCGCUGCAUCGAUGCAUACUGCUCCUCUGAAAAUGCAUUGAAUGUUCUAGCACCUGUAAGUGUAUCUCAUUCCACAAGUAGUAUUAUAGGAUAUUUAAAUGUUCAGCCAUUUUUAUUAAUGCAUUCCCUAAGUAAAACCACCUACCUGCUGUCACUUUAUGUUAACACCAACCCUAGCAACUUUAACUAAUUUGAAUAACACAAACAGUAUAUCACUGUGUCACAUGACACACGCAUUUAGGUAGACCUGAUUGAUAUAUUUUGGUAAUUACUGCUUUCUUGUUCCGUGUUCUGUUUUUGUUUUAAUUUCUCUAGUUGUAGAUAAUUAUCAUUAAUUCGAUCUGGCACACGAAAUGACCUUAUUUACACCGUUCAUAAAUCAACAGGUUGUCCAUUUAAGAAAAAAAUAAUAGUUCCCGGUUGAUGCAUUGUAUCGCUGUAAUAUAUGUACUACCUAAACAAUUACUGAACUGGUUUACUUAAAACUAUCUUCUAUCACAUGUUUGUUCUCUACAUCUAAUGUUACUAUUUAUAUCAAAC